AUGGAGACCGAAGGCUAUCGUGACCUCCUGGAGACCAGUGACGGCCAGGGGGUAGGCGUGCUGGAUGGUGGCGGCGAGCUGGGUGUGGAGGAGGGAUGGAGCUCACCCUACCCGCUGGGCUUCCAGGUGUCUUUGACCACUGUGCUGAUGCUGGAGCUGGUGCUGGGCUUCAGCAGCAACCUGACCGUGCUCGUGCUCUACUGCGCUCAGUCAAACCUGGUGGAUUCCGUCAGCAACCUGGUGACGGUCAACCUCCAUGUGCUGGACAUACUGGUCUGUGUGCUGUGUCUGCCGCUCACCGUGGCUGUGAUCCUGCUGCCUGCUAACGACAGUGGAGUCGGCAGCCUUGCCACGCUGUGCUGCUUUCACGAGGCCUGUGUCACGUUCACCAGCGUGGCGACAGCAGUCAAUGUGUUGGUGAUCAGUCUGGACCGGUAUGACAUCUCUGUGCGUCCGGCGAGUCGUCUGCUGACCCCCCGGCGUGCUGCUCUGCUCCUGGCAGCAGUGUGGGCUGUAUCUCUGGCUGUCUUCUUCCUGCCCUUCCUUGAGGGGGACUUCUUCUCUUCAACGGUAGAGGAGGGCGAGGAUGACGAGCCGGAAAGGCAGAAUAAUGAGCCUGAAUUAACCACUGGACUGACGACCAUUUUUUCCUCCCCCACUCCCUCCGUAUUACCCUCCACUCAGCCAUCCUCCGCCUCACACCACCUGUCACCAGUAUGGCAGAACAGGACACUGCUGUGUGUCGGAGGGCAGGGGUAUUACACAGGCCUGGCAAUGUAUUACCACUUGUUACUCCAAGUGCCCUGCUUCUUCAUCGCUGUGAUCGUCAUGCUGUUCACCUACUCCAAGAUCCUACAGGCCCUCAACAUCCGCAUUGGCUCCCACAUGAUGAGGGGUUCACGUAAAAAGGACUCCACCUGCAGGAUACGUUGCAGAAGGCGGAAGAAGAAGGACCUGAGCCUGCCCACAGAGGUAGUGUCCUCCAACCAGAACCAGAACCUUAGCCAUCCUCCUCUCAUCCCCUCUCCCACACCUACACCAACAUCCCCCCCGCCGCUCUCCUCCAUGCCCCAAGGGAUGUCUGACAGCGGAGCAACAGUCACCACAGUCAGCACUGCUGCCACCACCCCCAUCGCAACCACACCGGCUAGCCUUGCUUCUCCAACCCCAGUUUUAGCUUCAGCCUCAACAGUGCAGACCCACGCCACCUCACCCCUGCCUGCCUCCACCUUGGGAGUCCAGGCCUCAGUUUCGGCCAUCAUUGCUUUGCGGCGUGCGGUACGCAGACACAGGGACCGCCGGGAACGCCAACGUCGCGUCCUAAAAAUGUCCCUAAUCAUCAUAUCCACCUUCCUUGGAUGCUGGGCCCCUCUGUCCUUAGUUAACGUUUUGAUCCUGUGUAUGGGUCCCAGCGACAGCCUGGUGCGGAUCCGCCUUUGCUUCCUAGCAAUGGCUUAUGGAACCACUAUCUUUCAUCCUCUGCUCUAUGCUUUCACCAGGCAGAAGCUUCGCCGCGCUCUCAAAACACGGGUCAAGAAGAGGGUGGUAUCCCUUCUGCAGGUGGACCCAGCUGUCAGCGGGGGGACAGUUAUUCAUAACUCAUGGGUGGAGGGGGGAGGCAAGAGGAAGACUCGUAAACCACGGGUAGAGGCCAGUGACGGCACUGAUCGAUGCCUCACCGAGGCAGUGAAGGAAUGA